UGAAGACUUACAAAGUGUGACGGAAAGUGACCAAAUUGGGACAGGAUCAAAUAAUCCAGACGCUACUACAAGUACAGGAAUGCCUAGAAGUGACACUGGGACAGGAACAGGAACAAGCAAUCCAGACGCUACUACAAGUACAGGAAUGCCUAGUCCGCAUGGAGAGCAACAAACAGGUUUUUUCGGAUUGGCUGAGAUUUUUGGCAGUCAUCCCUAUCAUAAUCAACAACAACCUACUUUCCAUGAAGAUUACAUUCCGAAUCCAUGGCCUGAAAGUUCUAUACCAGAAGAGUCAGUAUCAAAACAAGACGAGCCAACUAGUCAAGCCGAUUAUACACCAACAAAUUACGAAUCAUUAUUUUCGCCACCUCCCUUAACACCAGUAAGUUUUUGGGAUCGUCAACAUGAUGAUUCAACACCUAGAUUUGUUGGAGAUGACGAUUUGAAUCAAUGGCUUAAAGUAAGCCAACAAGUAGAGCAAACAUCAAAACAAGCCGAGCAAGCUGCUCCAAUUAGUCAACCUGAUCCAAAGGAUAAAGAGCCGAAACGAAAGGGAACGAAAAAAGAAAGAGCGCAAAGAAGGGUGAAAGAACAUAAAUACACUCAACAACAAAUUAAGAUUGAAAAAAUUGGCAACGGUAUUAUGGGAAAAUGCCUUAUAUGUAAAAAACAUGGAAUGGGCUCUGAUUUUCAAAUAACCGAUAAGCCAGGAGUUGAGAAUUGUGUUGAUCAACAUAUAAACUCAGCAAAUCAUCAAGCUGCGAUCAAGAGCGAAGGAAUCACAAGCAGUAAACCACAAAGCGAACAACAAAAACCUGGCAUUUCGGCACCUAAAGAAGGUAAUUUCUAA